AAUAGUUUGUAGAUCUUCUUACUGUCAUUGAUCAAUUAAUCAUGAGUAUAUCACUGGGUAUGUUUAUUUGAUUUGCUUUUGGUUGCUUCUCCAGCUGGGGAAGCUAACCGCCAAUAUAAAUUGAUGAUUUUAAUACUAAUAAUGAUAGCUUCUCCAUCGUUCAAGGUGGGUCUUUCGCCUGAUGAAAAGAAAUUAUAUGCUCAACUAUUUAAAUCCUUAGAUCCUGAAGGAACCGGGAUUAUCACUGGGGAAAAGGCCAGAACUACUUUUGAAAAAUCUGGCUUGCCUCCAGCAAUUCUUGGAGAAAUUUGGCAAAUAGCUGAUCAGAACAAUUUGGGGUUUUUAACUCAGUUUGGUUUCUGUACUGCCAUGAGAUUGAUUGGUUAUACCCAAGCUGGUAAUCAUCCUUCUGCUCAAUUGGCAGAUUACCCUGGUCCUCUUCCUAAGUUUGCAAAUUUGAACUUAUCUUCUAAUUUUGCUCCUCCAAAUGCUUUACAACCACAAUCAACCAAUAGUUCAUUUAUGCAAACUCAACCAAGCUCAAUUGUUCCUUCCAAUCCUGCCACUAACCAUGCAGUUCCUCAGGAUCCAAUACCUAAAGUUAGUCCAAGUGAUUUUCAAAAUUUUAGUAAGUUGUUUAUUAAAACAACCGGUUCUGCUACUAAUGAUUUAAAUGGGGCUAAAGCAAAAGAUAUUUUUCUUAAAGCUAAAUUACCAACUUCAACUUUAAGUCAAAUUUGGAGUUUGGUUGAUAGAGAUAAUUUAGGUUAUUUGAAUUUGGGUGCUUUUGUUGUUGCAAUGCAUUUAAUUCAAGGUGUUUUAAAUGGUUCAAUCAAAGAAUUGCCUCCUUUCCUUCCAGAAAGCAUUUGGCAAUCUGUUUCAAUUCCCGAAUCAACUAAUCAACCAGGUUCUCGUCAAAUCUCUCAAAAUUCAAUCGGAUCUCAACAAACAACUAUUAAUCACCCUCCUUCAUCUGGUACCGCUCAAAGAAAUUUGUCAACAAAUUCUCAAAAUAAUCCUUGGUCAAUCACUCCUGCUCAAAAACAACAAUUCGAUUCCAUUUUCAAUAGUUUAGAUAAAGCCCACACCGGUCAAUUGAACCCUGAUCAAGUUGCAUCCUUUUUAAUGACUUCAAAAUUAAAUCAACAAGAUUUGGCAAACGUUUGGGAUUUAUCUGAUAUUCAAAAUACCGGGAUUUUCAAUAAACUUGAAUUUUCCAUUGCUUUGUUUUUAGUUAAUAAAAAAUUAUCUGGUGAAACUUUACCCAAUAUAGUUCCAGAUACUUUGGUAGAAUCAAUCAAACAAGCUGAAGAAUCUACGCAUGCUGUACCAGAACAAGCUCAACCUCAGGUUCCACCUCAAACGACUCCCCAAGCUGCUUCUCAAGCUGCUGUAAAACCUCAACAACCAAUGGCUCCUCAAAAAACUGCCAUGGACGAUUUGGCUGAUAUAUUCGGGUCCUCUAGUGCUGUUUCUUCUCCUCAAACAGCUAAUGCUCCAUUGGCAACUCAAACAAGUGGGAACCGUGGAUUACAGAACCGUCCAUCGAGCAGUGAUCUUUCACCCUCUUCUAACUUGCCAAGAGUUCGUCAUAACUUGACCGGGUCUUUCAAGCCAACUUCUUCAUUUGGUCAAAACUUGAUGCACAAACAGCCACUCCAGUCUCCAAAAGAAGAUGAUGAUGAAAAUUUAAUCGGUGAUGAUGUAGUUCAAAAUAAACAAGCUUCUGCUGAUAUUGCUCAACCUCCUCAACCUACUCAGCCUGUCGAGCCUACUCCAUCUGCUCAACAAGAACGAAAGGCAGUUAACUAUGAUGCUUUAAGAGCCGUUCCUCCACCUCCAGUUAAAAGUACCAGUAGUGGUUCUGUGCCUGUUGCUGAACCCCCAGUUACUUCAACUCCUCCUGCUAAUGAUAGAAGUAUGUCUGGGAACUCUGAUUUAUUGGCUGAUAAAAGCGCCAUUUCUGGACAAUUGUCUCAAGCUACUUCAGACAUUGCUAACAUUUCCAAUCAAGUUAAAUCAUUGACUAGUCAAACUACUGGAUUGCAUGAAAAGAAAUUAAAAGCAGAACAAGAUCUUCAAAGAAUUUUAAAUACAAAAGCUGAAUUUGAAAAUAAAUUGAAACAAUUGAGAACUUCUUUCGAUAAUGAAGUUAAACAGGUUGACCAAGUUGAUGCUACAUUGGCCUCUGCUAAAGAAGAAACUGAAGCUUUGAGAUCUGAAGCUUCAAUUUCUGAAGCUAAACUUAACCAUUUGUCAAGUCAACUUAAUGAAAAACAAGUUACUUGUGAAGACUUGCAAAAGAAUAAUGCAUUAUUAAAAGAAAAAUUAGGCUACUUAAAUGUCGAAAUUUCUGAAUUAGAGAAACAAUUGGAAGCUAAAUCAGCUGAAAACCAAAGAUUAUCUAAUCAAGCUUCUGUUAAGAAAUCUCAAGUGCAAGUCUCAAUUGUCAAGACAGAAGAGUUGAGAAAUAAAAUCGCCGAAUUAGAAAAUUCCAACAAAUUGUUGCAAGAUGAACACGAUAAAGCUAUCGAACGUGAACAAGCUUUAGAAGCUGAAAGACAACAAUUAGCAACUAGACAAGCUGAAGCAACUAAUUUUAAACCUACUACUAAAUCUUCUUCUGGAUCAAGUCAUGGAAAGGGUUUGGCUGCAGGUGCUGCCGUUGGUGCUGCCAUUGCUGGUGUAGCAGGUGCUGCUGCUUCUCACUUAGGUUCAAGCAAGUCGGACGAUGCCGAUAAUGCUACCUUGAAUCAAGAAGAAAAACAAAAGGAAAUCGAUCCUCAGGAACAUCCUAGUGAUGUUAAACCAUCAGGAUUUAGCGUCGGUGCUCUUGUUGAUGAAGUUAAAGAUAAGCCAAGUGCUGAUAUGACUGGUAUCGAUGAUUUACAACAAAAUGAUCCGACUAGUGAACACUUCCCGGAACCAGAAGCCGUCAGGGAUACCGUUGUAUCACCAGGGCAAUUUGUCAGUGUUCCUGAAAUGAAAGAGGAUGAAGUUGAUGAAAUUAAUAAUAGAUUUCCUGAUAUGAGUGUUACUGAUCGCGAUAACAGUACUGACCGUGAUAAUGUAACUAAUCAAACGGCUCCUUCAUCAACAAAUUCCUAUAGACAUAAUGAAGAUGGUGAAACUCCUGUCACCUCUCCAAGUAACUCCGAUUUUCAAUUCCCACAAAAUGCAAAUGCAGGGGUCGUUGGUAGUCUCGUUGGUAUGCCUGGUGUAUUAGUUGGUGUACAAAGGACUGACUCUUUGACUUCGAGUGUCCAAAACAAUGCUGCUUUAUCCGUUCGUGACGAUAAUAUUGAUGACAUUAGUGACCGCGAUACCAUCGACAAUGAAGUAGCUACUGCUCAAGGUAGAGUCAACUCCCCACCUACUAGUUCAGGCACGCGUACUGAACAACAAGGACACCAAGAAGAUUCAAGUGAAGGUGAAAAAUUAUCAUCCGGUGUAGAAUCUUUCGAAAUAGUCAAUGCAGAAGAGGCUAGAGGUGUUGAUCAAUACAACUUUCAAGAAAAUAAAGAGGCAGAACCAUCCAGUGCUCCAACAGAAACAUUCGUCAUCAAAAAUCCGACUCAAGCACAAGAUGGUGAAGAGUUCCCACCAAUAAGAGAGCUCGACUAUGACGAGAGCUCUUCGUCUGAUGAAGAUAACGAACAAGAUAGGUUUGAUGAUGCUAAUGAUAAUUUCCAAAAUCAAAGCAAUGAUAAAAUUGUUGGAGCCGAUCUUAGAUCAAAUGCACCUGUUACAUCUGAGUUACAGCCAAGUAAAGGUAAUGACUUUGAUUCUGCCUUUGAUGACUUGACCCCUGCUGCUGAAGAAUCGAAGGAUAAGAAUGCAGAUCUUUUUGCAGACGAGUUUGAUAAUUUGGAAACUGCAAAACCUGAUACUAAUCCAGAAGAUUUUGAAGCUAAUGAAGAUUUCGGCUUGAACAGUGAAUUUACUGAGGCCCCAGUCAAGCAAUCACACGCACCCUCUUUUGAGCAAAGUACUGUUCCUGAGACUAAAGAAAGUAAUGAUGAAUGGGAGCAAUUAUUUGCCGGGUUUGGUAAUGCACAAGCUCAACCUCCAGUUCAAGCUCAAGCUCAGUCGCCAGAACCUCAACCGAUUACUCAACAUGUGACAUCACAUGAAUUACCUAGGGUUUCUAAUCUUUCAGCAUCUCAAGAAGAUUCUGUUCAAGAAUUGGUAGGUAUGGGUUUCGAUGAAAAGACUGUUGUUGACGCUUUACAAAAAGAAAACUGGGAUACCGAAGCCGCUACUAAUUACUUGCUAGACCAUGCUUGAAAUUUUUAAAUGUUUGUUUUCUAAAUCGUUUGUAUUAAUUUUAAAGAAUUUUAUUGUUUCUGUUUGCGUUUUAUAAUAUAUUGUUUCUAGUUUCUUAUAAUUUGUUUUUUCAUAAAUUUAGUGUAAGGGGU